AUGGCAUUAGUUUUAAGAAAGUCCGCAUCAGAAAUUUUGUCAGCUGCCAAAUGGAUGAUCAGCAGAGAUCGUCGAGUCUUAUCAUCUUUACCUGAGAAAGCAGAAGAAGUUGUUCAACAAGAAGAAACAAAGCCCGCAGGACGUCGACCUCGUUUCCAAAAUGCGGCACUGGAGUACAGACAUAUUUUUCCUGAAUUUUUACCUGAUCCAAAUCCUAAGUGGAGAAACACAUUACGCGAAAAGAUGGAAAGAGCGGAUAUGUUAAAAAGAAGAAGCCAAAUUGAUAUCCCUGAGUUUUAUGUUGGAUCAAUUCUUGCAGUCACUAUUUCCGAUCCUCAUGCUCAAGGAAAAACAAACAGAUUUGUUGGAAUAUGCAUUGAGCGAAAAGGUUGUGGGCUGAGAGCAGAGUUUACUUUAAGGAAUGUUGUUGACCAUCAGGGAGUAGAGAUUCGUUAUGACCUCUAUGAUCCAACUAUUCAAACAAUACAAGUUCUUCGCCUUGAAAAGCGAUUGGAUGAUAAACUCCUUUAUUUGAGGGAUGCCCUACCAGAAUACUGCACAUUUCCAGUUGAUAUGAAUCCAGAGUUACUUCCGGAAGGUACCCCAGUUCCUGUCAAUCCUGUUCAGGUGAAACUAAAACCCAAGCCAUGGCUUGAAAGAUGGGAAAGACAAGAACUCAAAGGAGUAUCUAACAUUGAAGAGCACUUGAAAGAGAAAGACAGAGUCAGAAGAGAGUUAAGGAAGACACCUUGGGAGAAAUUUGACUUGAUGAAGCAAUACAGAAAAACAAUUCCAAUAGAAGAUCAAAGUGAAAUAUGGAGCGAAGUUUACAGUCAAUUGAAUCAAUUACGUCUAUCACGUAAGAAGAUACUUAAAAAGCGCAACCUCAGUACACCUAAAACUCAACUUGGU